AUGUGCCGGCUUGUCGGAUUUGCCGGCUUGGGGCUGGUUUUACUGUCAUCUACACAGCAGCACUAUUACUUCGCCCUAUGGAGAUGCCUCGACUACGCCUGCGUGAAACGUGGCGAAACCCAUGCUGAAGAACGUUGGUCGGAUCCAUCGCCAAGUGCUGCCAGUACUGCGACGAACGAGACGAUAGGCACUGUCAGCACGAGCAGUGCGAGCACGUUCACAAGCACGAGCGGCUCGUCUUCGUUUGCUGUGACCAGUGUGGCCAGCUUGGAGACUGCGAGCAGCACGAACCGCCUGCCAGAAAGCCUGCGACGUGACUACCUGACAUCCUGCAAGCAUGACUUUAGCGGCAGGCUCUACCGCAUGGAGCGGAACAAUACUAUGGAUGCAAAGGAUUCGGCAAGCCAUGCGGGCCUAAUUCUGACAGACGCGUUCUUGCAUCCUUCAAACCAAUUUGCCUAUAUCCACUUCAUGUUGCAAGGUAAGCGCCCGGAUGGUGCGGGGUUCACAGUCGGAAAGAAGCAGGUCCUCUUUGCCAGAAAUGUCACGUGGAACUGCUUUUGGGUCUCACCCGAAGACCCCUCGCGGUUGCUGCACGCGGCAUCAGAUUCGAACUGGCAAGACCGAACAAGCAAGGGGCGAGGAGAUGAUCUCUACCAACUAGUCAUAGCGAAGUGCGAUGCUGGUAAUGUUGCUGCCGGCAGGCUUCAGAAACCUCUGCUCAUGAACAUCACGGUCACAGCUUCGGGGAAGAUUCUUGGACGUUGGGAAAAGAUUCGGGUAUGUCACGAGCCACUUUCUCCGACUCCGAUUCGCUCGGUCGUCUGUACUGGAACCCUGCGGACCGGAACGAAUCCGCACUCUGGAGCGGUAUACGAACCGAAACGGAUGGACCACUACAUCAAGACAUGGGUGGAAUACAGCCUUUUUAUCGGCUCCUGGGUUCGAAUCUAA